AUGGACAGGAGGCGAAUGAUAUCCAGUCGCCCCGCUUCCUCGGAAGAGAUAGACUGUUGGUCGCAUGCCGUCUCAGGCCUCACAGCUCUUACGACGCUUUAUGGCAACCCAUCUACAGCAGAGACCAUCGACCGUGUCAACCGACUGAUAACGACUUGGCCCACUGAUGACCAUAUACCCGCGGAGGGACUCGACAGCGUGAAGUCCAACUACAAGAAACUUGAAGCUGGCCUUCACGAUAUUCAAGACACCGCGACACGCGAGGCUAAGGCGAUUGAGGAAGCCAUUGAGAGACUGAGCGUGCUUAUCGCUCUACGUCAAGCACCUGAGACUCUGCCUCCAGAAAAACGGAAGCGCCCACGAGGCACAUCUCCCGCAGCUCUGGGGUCUCAAGCUACUUCGCUUAGUAACGGCCGUGGCCCCUCCAUUACUCUUCCCCCGCGUAACUCGGUGGGGCCAAAUCAACCUAUACCCUUUUCUCGGGAUCCGAAAGCUCGCAGAGAAGCCUUGGCUGCACAACUUCCCCUGCAAGAAGGCCGAAAAGUUGCCUUCCAUCCUUCAGCCGGAAAAACCGGAGGUGUGGCCGCCGAUGCAGACGAAAACACCUGGAUUUUAGCCGUCGUGACUAAAUGCAUCAAUGCCGACAAAAAUCGCUACGAAGUGCAGGAUGCAGAACCUCAGGAAGACGGGCAACCCGGAGUCCGGUAUAACACAACCUUGAGAGCAAUUAUUCCACUUCCAGAUCCGAAUGCACAAUCUGGUAGUGCGUCACACAUUGGGGCCUAUCAAGCCUUUCCGGCAGGCUCGACUGUGAUGGCAUUAUAUCCCGACACCAGCUGCUUCUAUCGGGCAGAGGUCGUCGCAACACCCCAAAACAUGCAGCCAUCAGGCAGAAACGCACCAUCAUCAAAGUACAUGCCCACUUAUAAACUCAAAUUUGAAGAUGACGACAAUCAAGAGCACGCUGUCGCUGCUCAAUGGGUAGUGGAAUGGCCGGGGAGUUGA